AUGAAGCUCACUUCCUUCCUCAUCCCGGCCCUUGCUUCCAUCGCGGCGGCAGCGCCUGACUUCGCCAUAGGCACCCAACUCACGGUGACGGCAAAAGAUGGCGCGCAACUCGCCUCCAUAACAUCUGCCUACGUCAAGGCUAUGCAGUCGUGGCAAGCCUCCGUGACCGCCAAGCCAGAAUGGACAUCCGCCUACUCGGCUUUGGUCGAUUUUCAGGAGACAGGCAAGAACGUUCCCGAGGGUGUCACGGCGACAGACGUGAUUUUGACAUACGCUACCACACCGGAUUGGUACAACGCCAUGCCCACAGAUUUGAAGAAUUACGUCGAAAAGAACCGCCAGGAGCAAGACGCGAUUCGCGAAAGCAUCUUGGCGUCGGUGAAGGGGGAUGCAGCGACCGCUAGAAGUCUGGGAAUCUACUUGAGCGGAGCCAUGGCAGCGCUCGUGGCAGGUGUGGCCAUCGGGCUGUAA